UUGGAGCAGAGAUUUUUCUCUUAAGGGUCUCUGACUGUUAGUUUACGUUCAACCAAUAGUAUUUCAGUGAAUGUGAGUAUACGGUGAAGUGUAUCAUCAAUGUUUUUAUGCGAAGUUUUAUUUAGGUUUUAAAAGCGUUGCCAUUCUGAUGCGUUGAAUAGACGUGAACGCAUCCUGCAGUCCUAUUAUUUGAACCACACGAAUAUAUCGAGGAGUGUUCUGUAGAGUUCGCCCACAAUCUGUGGAAAUGUUGAGAAAACUUUUGCUGCCCUUGAUACUUUGUAUCAUUGUCCUGACGCGGAGAUCAAAGGCAGCGUCAGCGCCCAGCGCGGGGAAAACUCUCAUCUGGGGUCCUGGACUGGAGACAAAUAUUGUCCUCCCGGCUAGAUACUUCUUCAUACAGACAGUGGACACCACCGGGAAAAAUUUCACAACUUCUCCUGGAGAGAAGACAUUUGAAGUGAAGAUUACAUCUCCAACGGAUCCGUAUGCCAGAAUCUGGCUCCAGGUUUUAGACCGGAACGAUGGAUCUUUUCUGGUUCGGUACCGCAUGUAUGCCAGUUACACAGAUCUGCACAUUCAGGUCCUGUUGAAUGACAAGCCUGCGGGAAAGUCACCAUAUGUGCUUAGAGGUGCAGUUUAUCAUGAAUCAUGUGAUUGCCCUGAGCCCAGUGGUGCAGUAUGGGAGAAGAACAUGCAUUGCCCUGCCUCUUUCUCUCAGAUAGAGAGUGAUUUAUCUGUCUUCCCCAGCGUGGACCCGGACCGUAAUGCCCGUGAGGUCAUUCAGCGCUUCGGGAUGAGGCACAGUCUGUGCCACUACACCAUCAAAAACAACCAGGUCUAUAUCAAAACACAUGGAGAACAUGUUGGAUUCAGGAUCUUCAUGGAUGCCUUUCUUCUCUCUUUCACACGAAAAGUUAGGCUUCCAGACAUUGAGUUUUUUGUGAAUUUGGGGGAUUGGCCCCUGGAGAAGAGGCGGGCCUCCGGGAAUCCCAGCCCGAUAUUUUCAUGGUGUGGGUCCAAUGACACACAGGACAUCGUCAUGCCGACCUAUGACCUCACUGAAUCUGUAUUGGAGACCAUGGGCAGAGUGAGUCUGGACAUGAUGUCUGUUCAGGGACACACAGGUCCAGUAUGGGAGCAGAAGAGGAGUAAAGCCUUCUGGAGGGGGCGAGACAGCAGGAAAGAGCGUCUGGAGCUGGUUAAAUUGGCACGGGCGAACCCUGCCAUACUUGAUGCAGCCUUUACUAACUUCUUCUUUUUCCAACACAAUGAGAGCCUUUAUGGGCCCCUAGUCAAACAUGUGUCCUUUUUCGACUUCUUUAAGUAUAAGUACCAGAUAAAUGUAGAUGGGACUGUAGCAGCAUACAGACUACCUUAUCUGCUUGCUGGAGACAGUGUUGUGUUUAAACAUGACUCCAUUUAUUAUGAGCAUUUUUACAAUAAACUUCAACCAUGGGUGCAUUACAUCCCCUUCAGAUCUGACCUCAGUGAUCUCCUGGAGAAGAUCCAGUGGGCUAAAGACCAUGAUGAGGAGGCGAAGAAAAUCGCCCUGGCAGGUCAGCAGUUUGCCCGAACCCAUCUGAUGGGUGACAGUAUUUUCUGUUACUACUUCAAACUCUUCCAGAGGUACGCUGAACUGCAGGUCACUGAGCCCAAGGUUCGAGAUGGCAUGGAGCUGGUGGAGCAGCCAAAGGAUGAACUUUUCCCAUGUUACUGCGCAAGAAAUAAGGCCAAAGAUGAGCUGUGAGAGACCACCAACUUCAUUUUAAAACAGCGGCCAUCAUAUUUCUAUGGAUUUGCACCAGAAAAUGCUCCUAAGGGCACAUACUUAUUGCAUCAAAUGUUGUAUAACUGCAAUGUCUUGACUGUAUGUUUCUCUUUUUGUAUUAAAAAUGGUUAUUAU